AGAGAGAGAGAGAGAGAGCGAGCGAGCGAGCGAGCGAGCGAGCGAGCUCUGCGUUGCCACCAGACUCCUUCCUUCUGCAUCACAUCUCUAGGUCUCUGCUUCACUCGAGAUCACCAGAUCUUCACAUCUCAGGCUCACGAGAUCAUCACACCUCCAGCUGCCGAGGUCACGUGGUCGGGUGGGAGAUGCCAUUUCUGGGGCAGGACUGGAGGUCCCCUGGGCAGAGCUGGGUGAAGACGGAGGAUGGCUGGAAGAGGUCCUCGGACGAGAAGAACAACAACGUCCCGGAAGCGAAGAGAUGCUGCGAACAUGAGGAGUUCUACAAGGAGGAGCUCUUUCUCGCCAUGAGCUACGAUGUGGCCGCCAAGAAGCGCAAGAAGGACCUUCUGAACAACAACAACAGCAGCAGCAGCGCGAAGGUUCCCUAUUUCCACAGAGACAAAUGGAUAUAUGUGCACAAGGGAAGUACUAAAGAGCGUCACGGGUACUGCACCCUGGGAGAGGCCUUCAACCGCCUGGACUUCUCCAGCGCCAUCAUGGACACCAGGAGGUUCAAUUAUGUCGUGAGGCUGCUUGAGCUGAUCGCCAAGUCCCAGCUGCCGUCGCUGAGCGGCGUAGCCCAGAAGAACUACAUGAACAUUCUGGAAAAGGUGGUGCAGAAAGUCCUGGAGAACCAGCAGAACGUGCGACAGAUCAGAGAGCUUCUGCAGACCCUCUACGUGUCCCUGUGCAGCCUGGUGCAGGACAUGGGCAAGUCCGUGCUGGUGGGCAACAUCAACAUCUGGGUGCACCGCAUGGAGAACAUCCUGAUGUGGCAGCAGCAGCUGGACAACAUCCACAUCAACAGGCCAACGUCAAAAGGAAUGACCCUGACGGACCUUCCAGCGUGUCUGCAGCUCAACAUCAUGCAGAGGCUGACGGACGGCAGGGACCUGGUCAGCCUGGGCCAGGUGUGUCCGGAUCUCAAGGACCUUGCCGAGGACCGGCUGCUGUGGAAGAAGCUGUGCCAGUACCACUUCACGGACCGGCAGAUCCGCAAGCGCCUGAUCCUGUCCGACAAGGGCCACCUGGAUUGGAAGACGAUGUACUUCAAGCUGUGCCGCUGCUACCCGCGCAAAGAGCAGUACAGUGACACCCUGCAGUUCUGCACGCACUGCCACAUCCUCUUCUGGAAGGAUACGAACCACCCCUGCACGGCCAACAAUGCGGAGAGCUGCAGCAUCGCCGUUUCCCCGCAGGGCUUCAUCAACCUCUUCAAAUACUGAGGGGCCCCGACACAGAGGGGCCCGACUCACCUGUACAUAGUGUUCAUAGUGCAAUCGAUUCCUGGAUGCCUUGAGAUGGGGACUAUGGGAAGUCGGCGGGGAGUGGCGGGGGGUGGCGGGGUGGGUCACGAAGGCCUGUACGUGGAGACGGGUGCGACGACGAUACAAACGCUGGUGGGGCGCAGAGGAGAGACGAGGGCUUUGUAGGGGCUCGUGGAGCUCAGGACUGGGGACAUUCGAGCAGCUUAGCCAGACCCUCAUUUUUACGAAAAGAAAGAUGUUUAAACGCGUCCGUCGUGACGUUUCCGUGAUCAGAUGAUCGUUAUUUUGGGCUCGGGUGAAUUCUUAUUAGAUUCAUCAUCCCAUUUGGCUUUCUCGGUGCACCCUGGGAUAUGCGUGGGUUUUUUUUUUUUUUUUUUUUUUCAGAUCGUGGGAACAUAGACUGAACCGAAGAUGAACUUGCGGUACAAAAGGUGCAAUCGGGUUAAUUGAAGUGAAUCAAACUUUCACAUUUUGCACUUUGGAAAGUCGAUCCUUCUAAUUUUUUUUUUUUUUUACGUUGCUACUCCAAAACUUUCAUAGCACAUUAGAAGAAGGUUUUCGGUUCUUCUCGAAUGUCCGCCACUUCUGACCAGGGUAAAAAGUACUCUUUUCGCAGUGACUUGGACACUGAUGCACGUGUGAUGAUGGGGAUGAGGAAGGACACGGUGUGGCGGUCGCUGAAGCUGGCGCUGUGUCAUAUGAUACUUUUCUAAGUACAUUUUUCACUUUUAUACGUUUGAUAUUGUUUACUCCUUUUUUUUUCUUCCCAGCAGGUUUUAAAGUGUUUGUUUGCUGUACCGUGGUAUUUGUCGGUACUGGAAGUUGGAGGUUUUCAGAAUUGCUGUUCAACCGCGGCUCCUUCAGUGAAGGGCAGCGGAGCGAGGGCAGGUGUUCUGUGUAUUUUUAUUUUUAUUUGUAUGCUUGAACCCACACGUGCGACGUGAAGCAGCUUUGUGUGCAACCGAUCCCUAAUAGGAGGAACUUUCUCGGCUUUACGAAACCAUCGGAAGAUUGUUACCUCCUGCAUGAUGCAAUGUGCACUCCUGAUUUUUCAUUUCAUUAUUUUUUUUUAAAUCAUCGUUGUCGUUUUUGACUCACGGAUGAGCACUGUGCAGGAACAAGCCGACUGCAUCAGCUGUUUGGCCACUAGUGGAUCACUGUCACUCGAACCCGUGCUUGCGAGGACACGUAUGUGAGAUGCUGUAACACGAGCUUGUGUUGUAUUGACAAAUAAACAACCCGAGA